GUAAACACCGUGUGAUAUUUUCUAGACUUUUUCGUUUUGGGGACAAUUAUGAUUGUACGAUUGCAGUUAUUAAAAAAGUAAUUAUUUGUGCUUUUCAUUUUUUAUUGGCAAAAUUAUUGGUAUUUAUGUGCAUUCCGUUUAUAUUGUGAGUGACUAUAUUUAAACAUGUAACUUUGUCUACUAAAUUUCACCCGGAAGUAAAAUGAGCCAAUUCGCCUGUUGUUGUUAUAGACUGACAACGGUAACUAAGUUAACGACAACAAGCCAUUUGUGUCCAGCAAUGGUAGGAGCUAGCUAGCUGAAUUACCUUUUGUUAAUGUUCGCUAGCUAAUUCAAGUUUGCACCCCAUACUCCAUUGGUUUUCGGGAUACUAACCUGUAAAACCCGUCGUUCAGCAAAAUUUACAGUAGAUAAAAGUAAGCUCCCGGGUGGGUAUAAAAACAUGGCAGACGAUGGUCGAAGGGAAGACGAGGAUGAACGGAGUUCUGGAUUACAGCACCAGAUGUUUAUGAUCAUGGAGGACUUGUUAGAUAAACUAAAACUGUUGGAUUAUGAGGAACAAGUCCUUGUAAAGCACAACAUGAAACCUCUAUCCAGGCAUUAUUUUGUAGCAAGUUCAUACACAGUCAGUAACCCUGGUGAACAAUUCUACAUGUUUAAUGUCAUCGCAGCGUGGCUCAUAACACUGUGUGGCCGGUCGUUUGAAACACCACAGGAAUACGAUGACCCCAACAUGAUUGUCGCAAACAUCCUGACGCACCUUAGGGCACUGGGUGGGCUGGUUGACUUUCCUCCAUCUAAGCUGAAGUCUGGUGCUGGAGAACAUGUGUGUUACGUCUUGGACCGCCUGGCAGAGGAAGCACUGAAAUGUAGGCAGUUUGUCUGGAAGAGGCCUCUCUACCCCUCAGAGGAGUUGGAGGAGGAGUCUGUGAUGGGGGAUGAUGCUGAGCUCACACUCAGCAAAGUGGAGGAGUUGACUGAGGAGGCUGAUGAGGAAGAUGACGUUAUUGAUCUGGAGGAACUGAAGUCCAGAAAUAGUCAGAGUGAAGUGAGUGUGUUGAGACCAGAGAUGAUCCUGGAGUCAGUCACCGAUUCUGCGGAGUGGAAUCUGGAGGUAGAGAGGGUUCUGCCCCAGCUCAAAGUCUCUGUCCGCUCAGAUGUUAAGGAUUGGAGAAGCCAUGUGAGCCAAAUGCAUCAGCACCAGGACGGCAUCAAAAGCUCUUUGAAAGAGGCCAAGGCAUAUCUGGAUAAACUGCUGGAGGAGAUCAGUAAGACUCAGGAGAAAGUGAGCAGCAGAGAGAAGUAUAUCAACACACAGCUAGAACACCUAAUCACAGACUACAGGAAUGCACAAUCAAAAUUCCGUGAGGCCAAGGAGCUGUAUCAGCAGGGCAGUGGAGGAGUGACUGAGAGAAGUAGAACUAUAGCAGAGAUCAGUGAGGAUCUUGAGAAAGUCAAACAGGAGAUGGAGGAGAAGGGUAGCAGCAUGUCAGAUGGAGCUCCAGUAGUAAAGAUCCGGCAGAGUCUGACUAAGUUAAAGCAGGAGAUCCAGGAGAUGGACGUGCGUAUGGGGGUGGUGGAACACACACUGCUUCAGGCUAAACUCAAGGAAAAGAACAACAUGACCAGAGACAUGCAUGCCACACACAUCACAGAGACUACCACACACACCUACUCAUAACCAUACUGUAUAUAUCUAUAUCGGCGUGUGUAUGCACACACACACACAGAUAUAUAUAUAUAUAUAUAUAUAUAUAUAUAUAUAUAUAUAUAUAUAUAUAUAUAUAUAUAUAUAUAUAUAUAUAUAUAUAUAUAUAUAUAUAUUAUAUACACACACACACACACACACACCACCCACCACCCACUUUAUUAGGAACACCUGUACAAAAUUAUGCAGACACAGGUCAAGAGCUUCAGACAAUAUUCACAUCAAACAUCAGAAUGAAGAAAAAGUGUGAUCUCUGGGACUUGGACUAUGGCAUGGAUGUUGGCACCAGAAGGACUGGUUUGAGUAUUUAAUAAACUGCUGAUCUCCUGGGAACUUCGCACACAACAGUCUAGAAUUUACACAGAAUGGUGUGAAAAACUGUCACUGAGUGAGUGACAGUUCUGAGGAUGGAAAUGCCUUGUUGAUAAGAGAGGUCAGAGGAAAAUGGCCAGAUUGCUUCGAGCUGCCAGGAAAGAUAUAGUAACUCUAUAAGAUAUAGUAAGUCUAUAGUAACUCAAAUAAGCACUCUUUACAACCGUGGUGAGAAACUCCUCUCAGAAACUCAUCUCAGAACACACAAAGCAUCGAACACUGAGGUGGACAAAAGCAGAACACCACACUGGGUUUCACUCCUGUCAGUCAAGAAGAGGAAUCUGAGGCGAUCCUUGGCACAGGCUCACAGCAACUAGUGACUUUUUCCAAUCUUCAACUGUCCAGUUUCAGUGAGUCUGUGCCCAUGAUAGCCUCAGAUUUCUGUUCUUGGCUGACAGGAGUGGAACCUGAUGUGGUCUUCUGCUUUUAUAGUGCACCUACCUCAAGGUUUGAUGGGUUGUGUGUUCAGAGAUGCUUUUCUGCUUACCAUAGUUGUAAAGUGCUUAUUUGAGUUAAUAUAGACUCAAACCAGUCUGGCCAUUCUCCUCUGAUCUCUCUCAUCAACAAGGUGUUUCAGCCUCAAAGAGGAUGUUUUUUGUUUUUCGCACCAUUCUUUGUAAACUCUAAAGACUGUUGUUUGUAAAAAAAAAAAAUCCCAGGAGAUCAGCAAUUUCUGAAAUAAUCAAACCAGUCCAUCUGGCGCCAACAACCAUGCCACUAUCAAAGUCACUGAGAUAACUUUUUUUUUUUUCUUUUUCCCCAUUCUGAUGUUUGAUGUGAACAUUAACUGAAGCUCUUGACCUGUAUCUGCAUGAUUUUACGCAUUGUGCUGCUGCUACAUGUUUGAAUAAUAACUGCAUGAAUGUGCAGGUGUUCAGUUGUUCCUAAUAAAGUGGUGUAUAUGUAUAUAUAUAAUAUUUUCUUACCUUAAAAUGCCCUUUGUUUAACUUUGUAAUAAACUUAGCUUCUAUUUAUAUGAUCUGUCAUUUCUGAUCCCAAGUAACAAGAAUACUUAUGAGUGUAUCAAGUCCUUAAAAGGUAUAUCCGCUUAUUGUGCUCUAUCUCCUGUUGUCAGAAGGCGAACAGUAUUUUAAUGAAUGACUUGGAAAAGAGUUACAACCUCAAACAUCUAUGUCUCAUUUAAUGUAUGCUACAGAUUUUAACUAUUUAUUUGCAACAUCUUAAUGCAUGCUAUAUUUAUUGUCUGCUUCUUCACAAUUUCUGGAACUGGUUGUUAUAGCUCCUGAUUCAGUAACAGCAAUACAAAGAUAUUCUUUAAAUUUAUACUUUUACACAUUUACAUUAAAUUCCAUUCAGCAGGUUUUAGUUCAAAAGAUGUUUUGAAUGGCAAAAAAUAUUUUUAAAUACUAUUUGUUCAUUUGUGUAGACUGACAGUGCAAGGAAAAUCAGUUUGUUUGAAAAUCACUUCACAUAGAUAUGACAUUGUAGAGUGUGCUAUAUGUAGCCAUGGCAAUAAAUAAUAAUUAGAAAUGCAUUUUAAUGAUUACCUGAUUAUAAUUUUGCUAUUUCCAAUAAAAUGUGCAUCUCUAUAAGAAAUCUGAUUUUAUGGGGACUCUAUACAAACAAAAGGGCCCACACUCACUGCAAAAUGGGUGGAUAUUUGUUGUUUUGGUUUUGAUGAUUUCAAAGCCAGUGUUUUGCAGAAAAAAUAAAUUGCACUACUUAUGAAAA